UUCUUGUAAUUUUAUAAGAAUCAGUGUUGAUUGCUUUCUUCCCAAUUUCUCAAACUCGCCGCCGGCACCUAUGGAGUAUCGCAAACCCUCAACGUCAGUCGCCGGCGCCUGCAAUCCUCUUCACUCUCUCUCCUCUUUUAUCCACCAACAAUGUCUCCAUCUCGGUGCUCAAUUCGCCACUCGACUCGAUGAAACCAGCCGCUUCGCCUGUAACCUCGCCGCCAGUUGGCCGAGGCCGCCGGCUUCACUCAGGCGACAUCCUCCUCCUCCUCCUCCUCUUACUACUCACGUGUCUUCUACUUCAUUAAAUUUUGCUUCUUUAUCGCACCAGUCCGAAGCUCGUGAAGGAAAGCACGUUUUCGAUAUUGCUCUGAGCUCCGAUUAUAUUGGUAAGACGCUCGCCGGAACAGUCGUGUACACUGUCAGCAAUUCUAACAACGAGUUUGUACUUAUAUCUGAUCCGAAUAGCUUCAAGUCAAUUGGAUUGCUUUGUUUUCGUCAGGAAGAUGCUGAAGCCUUUCUAGCUCAGGUGCAAUCUCGGAAGAGGGAACUUCGAAGUAGAGCACGGGUUGUUCCAAUUACACUUGACCAGGUUUAUUCAUUGAAAAUUGAAGGAAUUGCCUUCCGUUUCUUGCCUGAUCCUGUUCAAAUAAAGAAUGCUUUGGAGCUCAAAGCUUCCGAUGUCAGGAGAGGCUUUGAUGGAGUUCCUGUUUUCCAGUCGGACCUUCUUGUUGUCAAGAAGAAGAAUAAACGAUACUCGCCUAUUUAUUUCAGAAAGGAAGAUAUAGAAAAGGAACUUUCAACAUUCUCAAGAGCAAGAGGGUCAGGAUUAUCUCAACACAUUACGGUUGGAAGUUUGGAAGAUGUUCUUAGAAAGAUGGAGAUAAGUGAGAAGAACUCUGGUUGGGAAGAUUUGAUCUUCAUUCCACCAGGCAAAAGCCAUUCACAACAUAUUCAAGAAGUUGCCAAUGCAUGAUUGAGUUUAGAUCCAUAAAUUUAGAUCACAUUAACAUGUAUUUUCCAAGGAAAAUGGCUUCUUAUGAUUGUGUUGACAGCUCCAGGAUCUUUAAAGAAGUCACAUGAGAUGGGUUAAAUUUUACCCAAAUUUUUACCGUUCGUUUAAAUAAUGCACUAUUUGAAUGUUCGUUUUUAUUUUUUGGUUCGAAGAGAAUGUCUCUAGUACGAUACAUACUUUCUCUCAUUUUGUAUGUAAAUGGAGUUUGCUUGUCUUUAAGAACUGUAUUAUGUUUUAGUCUAGUCUUUUACUAUAA